UCACCUUUGUUUACCCAUCGUAAUCAAACUUGAUUCAUUUUUUGUGCUGAGUGCAAUAUCUAUUUUUGCUUCGGAGAAUCGCAAGUAAUUGGUAACGUGUUCAGUUCAAGUUUUUAUACCUGAUUAUCAUUCACCAAAUAAUUUUGUCCGUCUUCCGAAUCGUUUCUCACAAUGUCUUUGUACCCGUCUUUGGAAGAUCUAAAAGUGGAUCAGCUAGCCUCGGCACAAUACGCUGCUGCAGGCUAUGGACAGUCGAACAAUACACAUUAUGGCCAAGUGCAUCAUGCCUCCGCGCCAUCGGCUCCAUUGUCCACUGCUCCAAUGUAUCCCACGCUUGAAACUCAGUCUGCUGGAGAAAAUGGUUUACCAUACCCUGUUGCUCCUACUUUACCCCCGCCGUACGUAUCUGGAUCAACUCAUCUGUACCCAACUCUUGACGAUUACAUGGGUCUGGAUGUUUCCCCUGAAGCCCUCUCUCAAAAUAUGCCCAAAGAAUCGUUCAAUGCUGUCAUGACAGCUCCACCUAGUGCUGUUGCGACUAAGUCCCCCAACAAUAUGGUGGCUCCAAUCUCAGGUGAUUCUGCUGGUCUACAGCGCGCUAAAGUUACUCAUGGGAUUCGGGAGGUGGUCUUGUGCAAAGACGAAAAGGGGAAAGUAGGUAUUCGGGUAUGUGCAGUCAAUAAGGGAGUCUUUGUUUGCCUGGUGGAUGCUGGCUCCCCUGCUGCUAGAGUCGGGAUCAAAUUCGGAGAUCAGAUUUUGCAGAUAAAUGGAGAGCUUGUUGCUGGGUACACAAUGGAACAAGUCCAUGGUCUGUUUAAAAAAGCCCCUGUCAAUGGUAUCCGAGUGGUGUUAAGAGACAGGCCAUUUGAACGAACUGUAACUCUGCACAAAGACAGCACAGGCCACCUUGGAUUCCAGUUUAAGAAUGGUGAAAUCAUUGGACUAGUCAUCGACUCGUCUGCAGCCCGCAAUGGACUUUUAACUGAACAUCAUUUGCUAGAGGUCGAUGGUCAGAAUGUUGUUGGAAUGAAAGACAAAGAAAUAUCAUCAAUAAUUGAAAAAGCAUCAAAUGUCGUGACUGUCACAAUCAUUCCAUCUUAUGUUUACAACCACAUCGUCAAAAAGAUGGCCCCUUCACUUUUGAAGACCAAGAUGGAUCAUUCUGUCGCUAGUUUUUAAGUUUGCUGCAGCAGAAGAACUGACAAUUUUAAUCUCAUUUUAAUGCAGUAACAAACUACAGAUUUUUUUUAAUAAUGCAAGCAUUUUUUAGACUGAGCUUGAACGAUGUUUUUAAUGAGGACAAACAAAAGUUUGUUAUUAUUAUUCAAAAGUAAAAUCGAAAGUAAAGUUUCCUCGAGUCAGUAAUAUUGAUGAACUUUAUCGGCACAUUGACUUCAUCGUUAAAAUCUUUUAUGAAUAUCACACUAUGGCGAAGAAAGUUUGUUUUACUGGGACUUUUUUUAAUAUCUCAUGAUGUUAAGUUUAUCUAGCACAAUCGACACCCUACUAUCUUUUCCCUACUAUCUUCUCCUGUUUCACUCAUUUUCAAAAUUUUUAAAAUCAAAUCAGCCCAUGCAAAAACGUUUCCUAUUGUAAACUCAAAUACCUUCUUUCUCGUCAUACUUUAUCGAUUACCUAAGUUGGUAACCUCAGAAACAUCUUGGAAUUACUCGUAAGGCUCUUUGGUAUAAUCAGAUACUGGCGAAUAUUUUGUUACAAUCACCAGAAACUCGAUCGUGAAUUCUGGAGCAUGGUAUCAAGCAUGGAACUUCUAGGGAAAGCCUUAUCCAUUCGGCACCUAUGCUCAGUGUGCUUUGAUAAGUGUAUGUAUUCAUUCAAUUUAUCUUCUUUGCUUUGGAGAUACCUUACUUUUCCAGGUAUUUUCCGAUGGCUCCUGUAGUCAUUGGUAAAUUACAACUCGUUUAGCUUGAGAAACAUGUAACUCUAUUGGCGUCCGGCAAAUUUUCUGUCGCUUUUUAUUUUUGAAAUGGAUAACUAAUUAAUGCUAUUUCACUAAAACUUCCAUGAUUUUUCCUCUUUAGAGAAUAUAUUCUGUAAAAAUUUAUUUAAUCAGUGCUCCUCUAAAAGAGUAAAGCAAGAACUGAUAAUUUGACUCGCUGCAGAUGAAAUAUGUUUUCCAGACUUGUAUUUUUAAAAAGCCAAACAUUUGGAUUAAAAGCUCGAGCUUUUUAUCUUGAAACGUCUGUUAAUGGUCAUAACUGUAUUUUAAGGAAAAAUUACGUGGCCUGUCAUCUGACUAUGUUAGAUAGUUCUGCUGUAUUUCCUCAGUUUCUUGAGAUUGCCAAUCAUGAGUCAAAUCUAGGAUCCCGUUUGAGUACUAUAAUGUUUUUCCAUUUGCAUUCCAAAAAAUGUCUUCAAGAACUUUAAUUGCUCAAAUGAUAAGCGCGUGUUCAAGUCAGCUUGAGCUUGGCCUAAGAGUUAAGUUGAUUUAACUCAAUUAAUGGGCAUUGUAUUCCACUUAGUCAAACUUAGAGCACCUAAAUGUGAAAACAUUUUUGAAAAAUCACUCAUUUUAAUGCCCUUGAUUUACACCCAAGAUUACUUAAUUACUUUGAGUACUUUAUAAGACUUUUCAUAUUUUUGCUGCCAUUUUUUUGUCAACAAGUUAAACUUGUUCACUGCUGUAGGGUACUAUCAGAUUAAGUAUCGCCUGGCAAGCAUCUUUUGUAAAAUAUUAUGAGACUUUAAGGAUUCCUCUAGAAAGUAAUAACACCUUCAUUCAUUUGCUGCGCACCUUCCAGUCAUGAGUGACCCCUGCACAUUCCUAGAGGCCAAAAUAGAAUUAAGAGGUUUUAAUAUGUAGCAAAAUUGAACUUUCGAUGAAAAUUUCCUUUGGAGGCUGCCUGUAACCUUAUCGGCAGUGAAUGUGUUGAACUGUUGAAUGUUUUUGACCUAAGCUUGAAGCAUGCGUAUUACGUAUGAUUGUGUUUUUUUUCCUGUAGUAAUUAGCACAAUCCUCUCCUCAGUGUCUCCUAUUUUGAAUUAGGUUAAUGAAAUGGACUCAAUCUCUUAAGAUGAUUUAAUCUGCCUCCCUCUGCUAAGUGAAACAUUAUAUAAUUUUGUUGUAACUUAAUAUUUAAUUCAUUUGUUUGAGUUAUAUCUCUUCAUUUCUAGCUAGAUAAUACUUUUUAUUACUUUACUCUCGUUACUGAAGCUGGAGGAAAGGACUUCAUUAGGAAUACCAAGAAAUUAUAGGCUGGCUCAAGGCGAAGAUACACACGGCGAUUAAUCGUUGCGAGUAUCUAGGCCUUUAGUAUUAGUAUUAUUUGAUGUGAUGUUCCUUACAUGGAAGAAAGCCUGAGUCUGAUAGGCUUUUAAAUCUAACUUUCUGUGUAGCAAUGUCCAGGAAAGGAGGACUGAAAAGUGAAUAUCUACACCUUCAAAUCUGAGUUUUUAAAUGGAAGUGUAGAGCUGUUGCUGUCUAAGUGGUCUUAUCUUCCCGGUCUGGGGGAAUCAAAAGCUUUCCUCAAUCGCCUACUAGGUGUUGCAAAACUUCCAUUGGGUAGUGGGCGUGCAAAUGCCAAAAAUUCAUCGUUCAGCCCUGCUUUUUUCCAGAUUGGCAUGUAGAAAGUUCGACCUUAAAAGUUCAUUUUCUUCAGAAGGCCAUACAGAAUAUAAUCUAUGUGAAAUAAUGUAGUAUUUUUUUUCAAUUUAGUGCUGAUUUCAGAGAAUACAAAUAUAAGACAUACGUUCUAAUUUGUUGCCUUUGUACAUUUAAGUGCAUAAUAUCCUCCAGUCAACUUUUCAUUCUCAUUAGUUCUUUUAUGUUUACCAUUAAUGUUUCUUUUGAUUUUAAUUUUUCAUGAUUAGUCUUAAAGGCAUUUAAACUUGUUCUGUGGUUCAUCACUUUCUUAAGAUAUUUAAGCAUUCCAUUCACAUACUUCCAAAACAUGGUACCGAAUUUGUUUCAAGUCGAACAUCUGAAGAAUAAUAAUUUGGAGCACUAAUUACCAAUUUGCAGAGAAGUUGCUGCCAUUAAUUUACUUCCUCAUACAUUUAAUUGAUUUAUAAUUAGACUUUUGAGUAUUAAUGAUUUAAGAAUAAAUUGUUUGCAAUUUUUUCCAGCAUUUCAUUUUGAACGCUGUGAUUCCUAGCUACUGAUCUAGUAACUGAAUUGGUCCUUUAAAUUUUCCUCUAAAGUUUCCAUUUUUCCUUUUGAAAUCUUCACAUAUGUACUAUUGACCAAAGAUUUCUAAAUUGUAACCCUCCUAAAUUUUCAUCUAAAUUUUAUUUAAAGUUGUAUUUCUAUAUCUUGCUACUUAUGUAUGCUUUAACAUGUGAUUUUGUAUUCAGUUUCUAAAUGUUUCUAUGUAGUUUAUCUAUUCUUAGAAUUUAUAUUUAUUUUAUUAUGAUUACACCAUUUGCUCUAAGCAAAGAAAA